AUGGAGGACUAUGGCAAGAAGACUGGACAAGGAGAAGAAGUCGGAGAAUCUUGCUGGCACGCAGGCAAGAUACGGCCUACAUCUCCAGGAUCUCUGAAGGACAAUGUGGGUAUGGCAGGUGUGGAUGGCAUAGUCAAGACCAGCAUGCGAUCCGGCAAAACCUCGGACAUGAUGCACCGAUAG